UCCUCCCCGCCGCCGCGGCCCCCCGGCUGCUGCCCCGAUGCGCUGCGCCGGGAGCCUGGGCCGAGUCGCCGCCGCAGCUGCAGGGGCGCCCGGGCCGGGUGACGCCGCCGCCGCCCGCGCCCCUCCCAGCCCCCGCCGGCCGCAUGGAGCCCCCGGAGGGCGCCAGCCCGGGAGAAAUAGUUAAGGAGGUUGAGGUGCCACAGGCUGCCCUGGGCACCCCGGCCCACGGACCAGGGGACAGCGGGCACUCGCCUGUGGCUGAGGAGGAGGUGGGCAUCCCGAUACCGGCACCAGGGCUCCUGCAGGUCACAGAGAGGAGGCAGCCCCUGAGCAGUGUCUCCUCUCUGGAGGUGCACUUUGACCUCCUGGACCUCACCGAGCUGACUGACAUGUCCGACCAGGAGCUGGCCGAGGUCUUCGCUGACUCGGACGACGAGAACCUGACCAGCGAGUCACCGGCAGGUCUGCACCCGCUGCCCCGGGCCGGCUGUCUGCGCUCCCCCUCCUGGACGCGCACCAGGGCCGAGCAGAACCGCGAGAAGCAGCCCGUCAGUGACGCCGAGCGGCAGCCGGGAAUUGUGGACACGUGUCUCACCGUGGAGAGGCCCAAGGAGGACUAGGGGGCUGGCCCCAGGGCCGCGUGGGAAGACCUGGACAGUCGUGGCCCCAUGGACACUCUGCCCGCCCCACGUGGCUCCGGGCCGGGGUCUCGGGGCACCCCAGCACAAGCACAGUCCAGUGGCCUUACGUCCAGCUCCUUCCUGGUCCCUGGAUCAGGGACCACAACAGCCGGGGAUGAGAUGGGAGUGGCCUGGGCCUUCUGGAAACUUCUUUCUGCAGGACUGGUGCUCUCGUCUGUCACAAGAUUCCUGAGUGGGUUCUGGGUGUGGGGGGACCUGAGCCAGCAAGAGCUGCUCUGCAAAGCCCCUGGGGGUUUUGGGGUUCUAGUCUGUGAAUGGCCACACCGAGCUCCAGCCCAUGGGAUGCUCUGCUGUCCAGCCAAGUAUGUGGGUGGGCGGGUCCUUAAAAUUGCCACCUUGAUUUCAAUCAUGUCCCCUUCCUGCAGCCCAGGGAGCAAUGUCGGCACCAGGGUCCCCUCCCCAGGCCCUAAAACCCUGCCUCUCCUGGUCUCUGCGACAGCAGGGCCCACUCCCCUAGCUCAGAACACCAAAUAUGGCACCACUGCCUCCGACUGCUGGGCAGGGGUUCACCUUAGCCUGUGACAUUCCCACAAUCCAGCACGCACCCCCGUGGGUCUGAGUCCCCAGCCAGCCUCCUGGCCUGGGGUGGAGCAGCCCGAGGUGGGCGGGGAUGUGAGGGGACCUGUGCACAGCCCCCGGCCCCCAAUUCAGGGGCACCAGGCUCGGCUAUUCCCAAUGCUGCUGCCUACGUGCUAAGGGAUAGAAUAGGCUUCUGGUCUGCCAGCGAGUCCAAGAAUGGUUUUAAAAUACACAUGUAAGCUUGCUCUCUGUCCCCACGCCAACCUGCCCUGACCCAUCCCCCACUGGAACGUUUCUGGGGAAGGAAGCCGGGCUCUUCUGUGGAUGCGCUGGGCAUGUGCUGGACCCACUGCGUGCAGCUACAGGCAAGUCCCUGCCAGGAAAACAGGCCUCAGAAACGCAGGAGUUUGCCUUCCGCGCGGGGCCUGGGGGACACCGCCCACGCCCUCCACGCACGAUGAGCAGCACCAUGCAGAUGCUGACCAGACGCGACCGAGAAUUCCUCUUAAAACCGCUCCCACCCCACCAACCGGGUCUUCCUGCCCAAUUUCCAUCCUUCUUGCUGCAGCUUCCGCAGAGCUCGUUGACAAAAAGUGGGAUUAAAACAUCACCCACCCCAA